UGCGGUCACACUAACUAUGAGCAUUCCAAGUUGAACAUUGCAUUAAAAUCUAUUUUAUUUUGUCAAUUAAUAUUUAAGAGUGCGCUCAAGGCGGUGGCAACAGAUGCACAACGCGAUUAAAUGUGUUAAUUCAGGUGCAACAAGUUAAUGUUUAGUGAUCGCAGUUCCAUGAAUGUCGUAUUGCAGUGAACAACAACAAAAGAUUGCAGAACUACGUCGACGUCAGCAAAAAGUUUAUACGCCAAAAUACUAAGGCAAAUUUGUUGUGUUAACAAACAAAAAAGAAAAAAAAAAACCCGUUUGUUAGCCGUCAGCUGUUACCAUGGCUAGCCCAAGAACACGCCGUGUGCUACAGGAACUAAAGCCCCAAGACGACAAUUCGAAAUGCUUUGAAUGUGGUACCCACAAUCCUCAAUGGGUCUCAGUCACCUACGGCAUUUGGAUCUGUCUCGAGUGCUCGGGCAAACAUCGCAGUCUGGGUGUGCAUCUGUCCUUUGUGCGCUCCGUGACCAUGGACAAAUGGAAGGACAUCGAGCUGGAGAAGAUGAAGGUCGGCGGCAAUCGCAAUGCACGCGAAUUUCUCGAAGACGAGGACGAUUGGAAUGAGAAGGCGCCAAUUACGCAACGCUACAACUGCAAAGCGGCGGCUCUCUAUCGUGAUAAGAUAUCAACGCUGGCACAGGGCAAGAACUGGACUCGUAAGGAGGCAGAAUCGCGUCUGAGCAGUAGCAACUCCUAUAGCUCAAUUCCAAGUGGAGGCAACAGCAGCUCGCAAUCCCGCUCAAAUGCAACAGGUUAUGGUGGCAAUGCUGGAGGCAAUGUCGGAGGUGGCGGAGGAGGCUAUCAGAAUGGCGGAGGCGCCUACAAUGAGGCGGGUGGUUAUCAGCAGUUCCAGACACAGGAGUUCAAGGAUCAGAAGGAAGAGUUCUUUAGCCGUCGCCAAAUGGAAAAUGCUUCGCGGCCUGAAAACUUGCCACCAAAUCAGGGCGGCAAAUAUGCUGGCUUUGGCUUCACAAGAGAUCCACCACCGAAAACACAAUCUCAGGAGCUCAUCGACUCCACGCUAACCACUUUGGCAUCCGGCUGGAGUCUGUUCUCAUCGAAUGCCUCCAAGCUGGCCAACACAGCCAAGGAGAAGGCCGUGACCACUGUUAACUUGGCUUCAACUAAGAUUAAAGAAGGAACUUUGCUAGAGUCUGUGCAGAGUGGUGUUACAGAUGUUGCCUACAAGGUGUCGGACAUUGGCAAGCGUGGCUGGAACAACUUGUCCGGCUCGAGUUCAACGGGUCAAGGAGGCGGCUACAACGAUCCCAGCCAGGAGGAUAAUUCAUACCAGCGCUCACAUUCGGUGGGCGGCAAUCUGGCUGGCGGCUUGGGACAACAGAGCGGCGCAACUGAUAGCGAUUGGGGUGGUUGGCAGGACAAUGCCAACAACAAAUCGCACUUGACCAGUUCUAGCUCAUAUCAAAAUCAACUGGGCAGCAGUGGCGGCACAGCUAGCAGCGGAUUGACCCACGAUGAUGAUUGGUCUGGCUUCAACACGUCCAGUUACCAGAAUGCCGAAACCUCGUAUCAGAAUGCACCGUCAGGUGGUCAGACAGCUCGCCGCAACAUGAAGCUACAGGAGACAUCGCACAAGUUGAGCGAAGGCUUUGACAAUCUGGAUGUGAAAAAUGUCAAGGCUAAAUCCACAACAGCAUCGAGUGGCAAAGCAAGCGCCGAAGAUGAUGCCUGGAAUUUGUUAAUGAACUAAAACUUAAACAAAGAGGCGACAAGAAGUAUAAUUUGAUCAGUUAAUUCAAUUUGUUUUGUAUGAUCUUUUGUUGUUGUCCUUUUGUUAAUGAGAUCCCCUGCAAUUUAUUUUGUAAACGCAUUUAAUGUAAUUCAAACGGA